AUGGCACCAUCCACAAAAUCCUCCAAGGGCAAGCAGGCCAAGGUCACGAACAAGUUCAUCAUCAAUGCUUCGCAACCCGCCAGUGACAAGAUUUUCGACGUCUCCGCCUUCGAGAAGUUCCUCCAGGACAAGAUAAAGGUUGACGGUCGUGUGGGCAAUCUCGGCGAGACCGUCCAGAUCUCCCAGAUCGGCGAUGGAAAGAUCGAGGUUAUUGCGCACACCCAAUUCUCUGGCAGAUACCUCAAGUACUUGACAAAGAAGUUCCUCAAGAAGCAACAGCUCCGUGACUGGCUCCGUGUCGUCUCUACAUCCAAGGGCGUUUACGAGCUCCGAUUUUUCAAUGUCGUUGCUGACGCUGAUGAGGAGGAUGAUGAGUAA